AUGGAUCUUAGUCAAGCUGUUGAGUGGAGCCGGGAGAAGUAUGUGGAGUUGUGUCAUGCCAUUUUACUUGGAGUGCCACUGAAGGCCACUGAUGAUGUGGUUAGCCGUGUGCUCAGCACAGUCAAGGUUCUGGGUAGGACCCAGAUACGUGGUCGCCGUGGCGACAAGACUGGUAGGCACCUGUACAUUUUAGUGGAGACUUCUGCUGAGUUGGAUCAGAGCUUUGUCCCUCCUGAAGUGGGAACUUUAGGUGAGGCAGGUCCGUGGGCUGUUCAUGUGUUGAGUAGCUUACUGCCUGCUAGUCUUGCUCAUAAAGAGGAUGAUUUUGAAGCUAAGCUGUUGGCAUUGUUGCAGAAGGAGGGCAAGUCCAUGGGUGACGUAAAGGUGGCUGUCCUGGGCCCUCAGCCUCCUAAGCCCAAUGUCAGCACUGAUCUUGUAAAUGCCAUAGGUGAGGAAGAAUAUGAGGGCUGGAUGGAGCAGGCUACUCAGAUGCUUACUGAGUGGCAGUGCAGUGAUGCUGCUAAGCGACAGAGUAUCAUUGAGAGUUCGCGUGGGCCUGCUGGAGACAUAGUAAGGUUCUUGAAAGUCAAUAGUCCGUCUGCUACUGCUACUGAUUACUUAGCCGCUCUUGACACGACUUAUGGAUCCACUGAGAGUGGAGCAGACCUUAUGGCCUCAUUUCGCCAUACUUUCCAAAAAGAUGGUGAGAAACUUUCUGCUUUCUUGUACCGUUUGGACAAGCUUCUCCAUCGUGCUCUUUUGAGAGGAGGAAUUGAUGCUGCAGGCCUGAAUCGUGCAUGUCUGGAGCAGUUGUUCAAGGGUGCUCUCACCACUGACAUUGUGGCUUUGUGUGUGCGCGACUUCUGCACACUCCACAAGCUCCGCCUUCUCUUUCAUAGCUGA